GACGAGGGACGCCAUCGGUGGUGGACGAGGGACGCCAUCGGUGGUGGACCGCCAUCGUCACCGCCGUCCUGACUGUACCAGAACAACAGCGGCGGACCGAGACAGCAGAGCGGCACCGGGCGGCCACUUCGGAACGGGGCGGGGAGAGACAGUAUUCGUGUGGUUCAACUUCAGACUAUGUGGACGACCGUCCUCCGUCCGCCCGGUCCCAGUACUGAUGGCCUUCGGACUACAGGACUACCAGCCCUCGGACUACAGGACUACCGUCCCUCGGACUACAGGACUACCGGCCCUCGGACUACAGGACUACACCGGCCCUCGGACUACAGGAUUACCGGUCCUCGGACUACAGCACCAUCAGUGUUACGGUGGCUACCACGAAAAUGGGAAAUCAACGAUCUCCUUGGAACACAAGGCGGAGGUGGCGCGCCUUCUGGUCCAGUCCGGCGCGCGGAUCGACCCACUGAACAAGGCGGAACGCUCGCCACUGCAGGUGGCGCCACCGGGGCUGGCGAGCGACCUCCAGCAGCUGGCGCCGCCCUCAGUCGUGUUCGCCGCUGGCACAGAUGGCAGCACCGUCGACUUAUCCCCGGGUUCAGUGCAUCUCGAGCCGCUGAGCCGCCGCCUAUUUCAUCCCAUCAACAUAGUUCGUACUUCGCAGUGACCUCUGUGAAACUCUCCGUUGGUAUAGGUGGCACCACCGUCGACUGGAUGUUGAAAUGUUGAAAGUGUCGUCUAUUGUAUGCUGGAGUGAGCGUCUUUAGUUACCGUCCGCCGUUCAUCGACUUGAUUCGUUUGGUCGGAUGGUGCACUGUCGCUGCCAGGUGUGGGCACCGCAUGGCUGCCGCCUUUUCACUGUCAUCACCGUGUCGUUAUCCGCGCGAACGUUGAGAGCUUCACGUUGAUGUGAUGCACGUCGUUGUUCGUUGUUUGGCAUUCGACCAUUGGUAGUCACGAAAUAGAGUGAGGGUCUUUGUGACUCGAGCCGUGUACCCCUGAUGUUUCCCUGUAUGCAUGCCACCGAUCAAUGUUUGGCGCCGAAGAACUGUGAUAGAAGAAUGAAUGUCGUGAAGUAAGCCCUGUUAUAGGAUUGAUUUGAUGUGCAGGUGCUCAGCUACUUAGCCCUGCCCUUGGACCUGCCAGCUGGCAAUUUGUACGUGGAUUGUCGAGUGUUGUGGCAAAUAAAAUGCUGAAAACCA